UCACCACUAAAGCAAAGUUUGCAAGCCAAAGUCUCACUGAGAAUUUUUGAAGUUCUUGAACAAAAUUCCUAGGAAGAAAUAUUAACUUUUAUGCUGCAAUAAAAACGAAUGGUUGAACUAGGAAAAUGGAAGGGGAGACCAAGAGAAGACAGUGGACAUAAGUCUUCAGGGCUUUGACAUUGAAUAUUGUCUAAGUUGUAUUGGUGCACCAUUUGAGCAAUAGGGUUGCUUUUAGACUUAAUGUUCCGUAGAGAUACCUUGGUCAGUGAUUGGGCCAGAUUUUAGUUGGAGAUAUACUUUAGGAUGCUAGGAAGCACCUUGGAAGUAAAGGAUACAUGAGUAGGACUGCUUUUGCAGUUGUCAAUAUCUAAAUGUUGUAAUAUAGAUUGGGGUCAGACUUCUCUCGUAUGUACGAUUUCUCCAAUCUCACAUUUUUCA